AUGGUCCAAUUGAUUCUGAUCGUGAUCCAUGAACAGGGAGUGGGUUCCAAAGAGCAUCACGUGGACAAAUUCCACGAGAUCAUCGACCAGCAGCUUGAAAAGAUCUAUCACAACAUAAGUUCCUCCGAGGCGCUCAAGACCAGGUUCCUGGAGGAUACACGAGAUGAGCUGGGACCUCAGGAUCGGCCUGUCUCAGAAUUCCUCGAGUCUCUGCAAUCUUUCCAAACAUAUAUGAGAAGUGCCAAAUCCUCCGCAGAAGCGCCGCUCCCGAAACUGGACACAGGAUUCCCACUUUCAAACUAUUUUGUGUCAACAAGUCACAAUACUUACUUGACCGGCAAUCAGCUGUACAGCGAAGCCGCGGCAAGCGCAUAUACCUCAGUCCUUCUUCGCGGGUGCCGGUCCGUUGAAGUCGACGUUUGGGAUGGCGAAGCAGAGGGUUCAGACUCUAGUGACAGUGAUCUUGAAGAUAACAGGUCGACUCAUGUUUCGAAACGGAACAAGGAUGAUCGGAAAAAGUCCCACAGUGCAUUACGAAACUUCAGUUCUAAAUUAGGCAAUGCGUUUGGUCACAAGUCGGCCAAAAAUUCCGAAUCAAGCGCAGAACAGGGAAUCGUAACAGACGAGAAAACCGAACAAAGCUCUUGUCGUGGCGAGCCUCAAGUGCUACACGGCCAUACUCUGACCAAGGCCACAUCAUUCCGUUCUGUUUGCCACGCAAUUCGAGACUGCGCUUUCAUUACCAGUGAUCUGCCGGUGAUUGUGAGCCUGGAGGUCCAUUGCUCGUUGGACCAACAGCAGAUGAUGGUUGAUAUCAUGCAAGAAGCAUGGAAGGGACUCUUGGUGGAAGACCUGGGAUCGCCGCCAAGAAACGUCCCAAGACUGGAGGAUUUGAAAAAGAAGAUUCUGGUCAAGACCAAGUCUGCACCUUUGAGUGACGAGACUGCUGUUUCAACCGAUUUGAAUCAGGUGGUGGUCACGAAAGAUGGUUCAUGUGCGCCUAAUGAUGUCGCGCCAAAGUCCGCAAAGCCGUCCAACGUAUUGGAUUCACUUGCAAAGAUGGCUAUUUACACCAAAGCAUUCAGCUUCAAGCACUUCGACCAACCAGAGGCAAAGCUUCCAGGGCAUAUAUUCUCACUCUCUGAGAAAACCUGUUGGGACGAGCAUGUGAACCAGCGCGAGAGUCUCUUCGAGCAUAACCGCUUUUCGCUUAUGCGGAUUUAUCCCUAUGCAUUCCGAGUCAAUUCUUCCAACCUGGAUCCGUCCUUCUGUUGGCGUCGUGGAGCUCAGCUUGUAGCUCUCAACUGGCAGAAUAUGGACAAGGGGAUGAUGCUCAACCAUGGCAUGUUUCACACUUCCCCUGGUUGGGUUUUGAAGCCCAAGGGCUACCGCAGCGGCGAGAGCGAUAUCGCCGUUGCUUCGCGUCCCACCCUCGAUUUGGUGGUGGAAGUUUUCGGUGCACAAGAUUUGCCAUUGCCGCCAGGCGAUCACAAUGCGAAGGGGUUCAGGCCAUAUGUCAACUGCCAGUUGCAUGUUGAGGAGCCGCACAGCCCGGUGGCUGUGGGUCUUGAUGAUGCCAGCUCUGGUUCUGAGAAGAGCAGCUUACGCCGCUGCACAAAGAGUGCAUCAGGGGUAAACCCCGACUUUAAGGGCCAAAUGUUGAUUUUCCCCACCGUGGAAGGGAUUGUUGAGGAGCUCAGUUUCAUCAGGUUCAAAAUCAAGGAUGAUGAAAUCGGUUACGACUCGUUAGCAGCAUGGGCUUGCAUUCGACUGGAUCGACUCCGUGAAGGAUAUCGAUUUGUCCAGCUGUACGACUGCAAUGGGGAACAGUCUGGGGGCUUGCUAUUGAUUCGUGUUCAGAAGCAAUCUUCUCAGCCUGCAACGUAG